CGUCUUCUGUGUGCCCUGUUGACAUGCGCGUGAGCGUGAAGCGCAUGCGCAGUGCGAGUAGGUUCGGUUGGCGACAGCUAGACGCCAAGGCGAGAGCCAUGGAAAGUGGUGAGGAUGCAGCUCAAAGGCCUUCGAGUCUAGAUCUAGCUGGACUAGAGACAGACGAACCGGCAGUCCGUGCCCCUUCAGACGCCACUGCUAUGAGCAGCCAGUCCAACGCUACAGACGCCCUCUUCCAAGAGGAGAGCAUUGACCUGGACGUGGAAGCGUUCAUCUCCCCUCAGGAUGACAGCGCUGCUUCCGGGAGCAUCACGGAUAAACUGAACGAUCAGAUGAUGGAGAGCGUCAUGAUCUCCGAUUCCCCCAACAGUGAAGAGGACGAUGUCCCUAUUGACACUUUGUUGGAGCAAACGGAUGACAAGGUGUCCCUUGACUCCAAGCAGCUCCAAACAGAAGAAGACAAAGAGGAUGAAGCCAAAGAGGAGAAGGAGGAGGCUGGAACUGAACAAGCCACACCCGAUGAUACUAUUGAAUCUGAAACGUCUCCGGCUUUAUUUGAAAAAGAGAAAACGAUGUACAGCGAUAUGGACGGCACAAAGGAGGGUGGUCCAGGCAAGCUGUCUGCUCCAAGCAGCCCUAUAGCUGAGGAAACAGAGCUUGAAGUAGCCAAGCAUGGGAUUAAGGACGAGCUCAUUCCAGUGUGCACUAUUUUCAGCCAAGGCAUGCAGAACAAAGCACAGUCCCUGAUGCCUGAUGAGUUUCAGCCGACUUUGGUCAAAUCCCCAAGCUUUACGACUAGCCAUAAUGAAACUCCCAAUAAACUAGCGCCUCUGGUGUCUCAGCCCAGUCCCAGCCUCAGUAAAUUCUUCACUGAUAACGGCGCUGUUAACCCUGCCUCGGACUUCUUCGACUCCUUCACGACAUCCUCGUCUUUCAUUUCAGUUUGCAACCCAAACGCAGAGUCGCCGAAGUUCCCAGCCCCUCCCGAGCGGCAGCUUUCCUCAGGCUCAAGCAGCCUUCUUAAAGACAGCGGCACCGCAAGUGCUUUCUUCAGUCCCGCUCCACCCGAGAGCACGCCGAGGCCUGUGACCGGCCCUGCAGAACCUGUAGUGGCCAUUACUAAGCUUCAAGCGGUAUUCUCAGGCAGCGACGAUACGUUUGCGAGUGCUCUGAUUAUGAGCGAGGUGGACAGACGGUAUGACGCUUGGCUUCCAUCUGAGGAGACCAGGAGAGUGCUGAUCUCUGUGGCCACUCAGCAGAUCAACCCGGUGCAUGUGGAUCGGGAGAGGCUGUCCAUGCCUGGACUGAAGUUUGACAAUUUGCAGGGCGAUGCAGUGAAGGACCUGAUGGUGCGUUUCCUUGGAGACCAGGCAGCGACGAAGAGGCAAGUUCUCACCGCUAACUCAGUGGAGCAGAACGUCUUGGGUCUCAAGCAGCUGAUCGGCACAAAGAACUGGAGGGCAGCCGUGGACCUGACGGGCAGACUGCUGACGGCUCAUGGCCAAGGUUAUGGCAAGAGCGGCCAGCCGAGCACCCACACCACCGACACACUGCAGUUAUGGUUCGUGCGUCUGGCUCUUUUGGUUAAGCUCAACCUCUUCCAAAACGCCGAGCUGGAGUUUGAGCCGUUUGGUAAUCUGGACCAGCCGGACCUGUACUACGAGUACUACCCUACGGUGUACCCCGGAAGACGAGGUUCAAUGGUGCCGUUCUCCAUGCGUGUGCUGCAUGCUGAGCUGCCUCAGUACUUAAACAAGCCCCAGGAGUGUCUGGACCGCUUGCACAGCAUGAGAAGCAUCUGUCAGAAAAUCCUGGCUAACCUGGAGGAAGGACUGGCUGAGGACGGGAGCAUGAUGACUCUCACACAGGAAAACAGACAAGCCUCUAUUCAGCUGUGGAGGUCACGUCUGUGCCGGGUGAUGUACUCCAUGGCAAACUGUCUGCUAAUGAUGAAGGACUAUGUGCUGGCUGUUGAAACGUAUCUCUCCAUCAUCCAGUAUGAGCCACAGCAGAGAGUGCAGCUGUUGAGCGGAAUAGGACGCAUCUUCCUACAGAUUGGAGACAUCAAAACUGCAGAGAAGUAUUUCCAGGAAGUAGAGAAAGCCGGUCAGGAAAAAGGACAAGGACCAGUGAUUGACACCGCUAUUUUAAUGAACAGGGCAUUUGUGUACCUGAGCCAGAAUAAUUAUGCAGACGCCCACUCGUGUUUCUCCAGCGUCUUGAAAAUUGAUCCCAACAAUCCUGUGGCGAACAACAACGCAGCAGUGUGCUUACUUUAUUUGGGCCGCCUAAAGGAGUCCCUGGGUCAGCUGGAGAGCCUGGUGCAGCAGGACCCUGCGCUCUACCUGCAUGAGAGCGUGCUCUUCAACCUGACCACCAUGUACGAGCUGGAAUCGUCACGCAGCACGCAGAAGAAACAGGCUCUGCUGGAGGCCGUGGCCGGGCGCGAGGGCGACAGCUUCAACGCACAGUGCCUCAAACUGGUGUAAACGAUAACCAACCAGGAGUGCAUUAGAUCACUGGUUCACUGCUUCAUGAUGUGACAUGAGCUCGUUUAACAAAGCUGAAAAUGCCACUGGUCUAUUAUACAUACAGGGUUUUUGUUUGUUUGUUUUUGUUUUGUGAAAAAUUUGUGUGACCAAAUUCAAAGCUGAUCUGAAACAACCUGUGUAUUCACACUAAGGUAUGUGAUGCAUUUGAAACUCUUAAACCAAUGUUUCUAUGCCAUCAGGAUGCAGGAGAAUGUAAAUAGAGAGAGAAUAUAAAAUCAGAUUAAAAAAUAAAUAAAUAAAAACAUGUAAAUAUUUAGCUCGUGUAAAGGAGAUAAAGGCCGACUGAGUGGUAUACUUUGCUCGUAUUUUUCUCAUUUUUUAGUCGCUUUGGAUAAAAGCGUCUGCUAAGUGAAUAAAUGUAUACAGCAUUACAGAAAUUACAGUCUGGACACAGUUCUCAAAAAAUAAAGAAAUAAAAAAUUGUUGGGAUGGAUAACUCUGUAGCCAAGGUGGCAGAUUUCGUCGUAUCUGGGCUAUCCGUUUCGUUUUUUUUAUUCGUAGGGGACAACUGUGUUCAACAACCAGAAAAAAGAAACAAACUUAACUCCUUAUUGACUUUCAUAACACAAGUUUUCAUUUUUUUUAAAAGAAUGCGCUUUAUGGUGGUGCGCUUCACCUCAAUGCUAUAACUAAUAGCACAAGCGACUCAUUCCAGAUCCCACCGCCUGCCGCAUUUUACACAUCAGCUGAGGUAUAGGAUCUGAAGGAGAAAAAUGUAUAAUAUGUGGAAAUAUUGAUGAAACUGAGCAAAGCUAUUACACUCCUGCUAGGACAACUGUUAUUUCGCAGUUAAACAUAUUGGGAGAAAUUCAAUACACUAGCUAGACAUGAACGAAAGACGUUCGUUUUUUGGGUUUUUUUGCCCUCUUUUCUCCCUAAUACUCUUGGCCAACCAAGGCCUUGGCCAUCUACCAACCAAGGAGGAUGAAGGCUAGCACGUGCUUCGUCUGAGACAUGUGAAGCCAGCCAUCUCCACCAUUUCAAACUGCUGCUCAUGCUGUAGUACAGGGCAGUGUAACACACUCCGAGGAAAGCGCUGUCUUCCCUCUUCCACAUACAUGAGCUCACAGAUGCCUGUGAUUGGUUAGUGUCACUGUGAUUGACAAGCGAGAGAGAGAAUGCAAUCCCUCCCACACAGAGAGUAAGGCCAAUUUUACUCCCUUGAUGGCAUCAUUGUGAUUUGAAACUUGUGCUCUCCGGACGAUGGGGCAGAUGCUUUUCUGUUGCGCCAGCAGCAUUAAAACGUUUUUAGAAGAGGAUAAGGACUUGGAUACGUCAAGUCGUCCUCUCCCGGGGAAUUCGUACAUGUUCAUUUCCCUACUUAACUUUCAUUGUGAUAUGUUAUUACAUUACAUUAGCUGCUACGUUCGGACUAGUCAGUUAGGUUUCUGGGCAACUUAAGCAUGGGACAUGGACAGUACGAAGUUCGCUGUAUUUAUUGAGUUCAUAUGAAGAUGAUCUUUGCGCUGUAGUACUUCUGAGAAACUUCCACAAAAAAAAUUUUAUUAGCUUGCAACUGGUCUGUUAACAUACAAUAUAUAAACCUGAAUUUGAGUGUGUAUUGUGUGUACUGCGUGUCACCCGAUGUACUGUACAUUUUCUUUUACGAAUCUAAAUAAACCCCAGCUGAUUUUGAAGUA